GCUGUCCUUCCGCACAAAUGUUAUAAUUAUGUAGCUAGCGAACUGGUUUAUCUCGUUUAGGUUGUCAUGCUAGGACUUCAGUUCUUUAAAUAUUUUAGAGGGAUUUGUCGGCUUCAAAUAGUGCUUGUAGCUGAAAACAUCAAUGUGCGAACUGCACGAAGUCCCUCGCUGAAUUUGACCAAAGCUCGUCAAAACAGUUGCUGCUACUUCUCUGUGUUACCUCAAGGUCUGGUAAAGUUAAAUGAAAUGCAGCGGGUCACUUGGACUGAUUAUGCUGUCGAGCUCGAAACGAACAACAUGGAACAUGGCAACGACCACCUGCUGUCACCUGCACAUGAUGCAUCAACUGAUCCAGUUGCUGCAGAGGAGAGUCACUUGCAUUGUAAUGUGAAGGAUAUCAUUGCCCCUGAACAUGAUAUAGUGAAGAGGAUCAAGAAGAAACCCAAAAAGCCACGUGGAAGGAAACACAAGUCUAAGUCAUCAGAAUGUUCUGACAAUUUUAUGUCAGAACUUCCAUUCACAAGUACAGCAAUAUGGAAGGACCUUGGCUUCACCAAGCCAGAGGCCAAAUUGAAAAUUAAACGAAAGAGAGGUGCAAGUGGUCGGGUAGAAAGUGAGGAGGAUGCAGAUACAAAGAAAAAGAAGGAAACACAACGCCCAAACUACUUUGUUUCAAUACCCAUCACAAAUCCCAAGAUCAGUGAAGGUGUGGGGGUGGUGCAGGCGCUGGUGAUGCAGAGAGACUCCAGACUCACGCGGGCUCUGGUGCCUGUGGGCAGUCUCCACAUCACGCUGCUGGUGACCCACUUGGCCAGUCAAGAGGAAGUCAACUUGGCGGCGUGUGCAGUGGCCCAGAUGAAGGCAGAGCUGCAGGACCUGCUGCGGGGGCGGGAGCUCAUCCUGCCCUUCCACGGCAUCGGACACUUCAGGAAUGAGGUGGCGUUCGUAGAGCUGGCCCAGGGAGAACACCUCGCCACACUGGCCCAGAUCACAGGGGUUGUGAGGAAAACAUUUGAGGAGAAAGGCCUCUCGUCCGGCGACGGCAAAGCGUUCAAGCCCCACCUUACCUUCAUGAAACUGUCCAAAGCUCCUAAGCUACGCAGUCAGGGUGUGAAGAAGCUGGACCCUGAGCUGUACUCUGACUACGCUCAGCAUCAUUUUGGAGACGAGAGGGUGAUCAGGCUGGACCUCUGCUCAAUGUUGAAGAAAAAGAUGCCAGAUGGAUACUACCACCAAGAGGCCUCCGUUACAUUCGAUCUUUUUCAGAGUGGGCCUCGGGCUGCUCGGACAAGUGUGAAGAGGGGUCCGGAGCCUGACGAUGAGGAGCUGGUGAGCCUGAGUAAGAGGCUGGUGGAGGACGCCGUGCUGCGGGCCGUGCAGCAGUUCAUGGACGAGACUCAGCACAACGGGGCUGUGUCAUCCGAUCCGGUGCGGCCCUCAGACAACCUCAACACUAACGCUGUCAACACGACCACCACCGACACCAGCGCGAGCAGCAAGUGACCACAGACAAUUCCCCCAGGCAGCACUGGACACUAACCAGCCCAAGCAGGAACUCAGGCAGUCAGCCAGCCAGCCCAGGAGCCAAUGGGCAGUUGAAGGGUUUCACUAGACAAGGAAGGAGGUUUUUUUGGGGGCAGGACACUGAAUUGAUUGUGGAAUCCCUAUGCUGCGUGUUGUGUAUCUUUAACUCUGAUUGUUACCCACGACUCUCGGCAGUCUCCCUCCAUACAAGCCCCUGUCGUGUCUGUCUGUCCAUCUGUCUGACUAGUUUGGACCUUUCUUCUUUUCUCUGAUUGGUGCCCUGAGAAAAACAGUUGGCCUUUUUGAAGGAAAUUGCACACUACAGACUGAUCUGGGAUCUGAGGUUAGGUUAGGCUAUACCUCGGCCCUCCACAAGGUGCGGUCAGUGCAAAGACAAUCACCGUCUUUCUACUAAGCUAAAACAAAACAUCACUACAAAAUGAACUGCAACUCAAACACUUGAGACCAAGGAAAAUGAGCUGGACUAUGCAGUUGGACAAUAUGCUGUGAACUAUGUUUACGUGAUCCUGUCUCAUCUGUGCUGUAUGUGGCUAAAACGUGAAGAGUAAACAAAGAGUGGUUCCCAUGUGCUACCUAUGGUAAAAAUAUGCUUUUUAAAAUCGAAUGAUUAUACACAGCCAAUAAGGUUGACCUACCGGCGAUGAGGAUCAUGUUGGGUUUGUGUUAGUUUGUUUGUGUGUUUUGUUUUGUUUGUCCCGUGUAGAAGAGGCUGGUGAUGCAGCAGGCCUGGUUAGGAAGGCCCUUCACACACAGAACCAGUCUCCUUCUCAGAAACUACAGGACGUAAGUCCUGUAGUCCCACUGCACCUGACUGACUGAGUCCCACUGCACCUGACUGACUGAACACUCCCAGUACCCGCCGCCAGUGCGGAGACAGCACCAAGGAACUACAGAGACUAAGAGUAGGCUACUGUACUACACACAGGAGAGAGACACCACUGUACAAACACAACAGAAAGUACAUCCAGUUGACAUAGUCAAAGGUUUUCUGUAUGAUGAUGAUAUAAAAAAAUAAAAAUAAAAGUUUAAUUUUGAAAUGAGUAGAAAAAACUAGUUGGCUGAAAAAAUGACAACUGAUGAAUUUCUGUUUUGAUUUUACAUACUGUUAGCGAAGGAGAUGCUUAAAUUACCACUUCCGAACAGGCCUUAAUAAUGACUGAAUUGAAGUAGACCUUGAUUUAUUAUUACCCUGCACUUGGAGGCUUGUGUUUGUUAUGUUUAUGUUCAGCUUUUGCAUAAAUUCACCAGAACCUUAAUAAUAUAUGAUUUGUGUCACGGAUGUGUCAUGGGAUGCUACAGCAGUGUCUGCUGCCUUGCUUAUGAUCUCCACAGUCGAAAGGUUGUUAUAUGUACCAGGUUGUUCUAUGUACCAGGUCUACUAGAUUUCAACGACAGUUUGUCUGUGGAGCAAAUUCACAGGGCCCAGUGUAGCUCAGUUGGUAGAGCAUGGCGCUUGCAAUGCCAAGGUUGUGGGUUCGUUUCCCACGGGGGACCAGUA